AAAAGAUUGUAGAUCAGGAACUAGAAAAAAUUGGUGCUCAGAAAUUGCUUCUUCCAAUACUGCUAAGCGCCAAUUUGUGGAAAAAAACGGGUCGAUGGGAUGCUUUUGGUACCGAGCUUUUCCAACUCAGAGAUCGCAAAGACUCAGAAUUUUGCCUUGCGCCGACACACGAGGAAGAAAUCACUCAACUCGUUUCAAAUGAAGUAGUGUCAUAUCGACAACUUCCUUUACGUUUAUAUCAAAUAGGAAGAAAGUAUCGUGAUGAAAUGCGACCGCGUCUAGGAUUACUACGGGGACGGGAGUUCAUCAUGAAAGAUUUAUACAC